AAAUAAAUCUCUUCCCCCUUUUCCAUCCACUUCUCUUCCCCGUCACCGUCCAUUUCACUCUCCGACCACCAAAACCCUAAAACCCCUACACCAAAAAACCUCCGUCACUCCCCGUUUCCCACCACUCGUCGUCCCUCUCAGCUCCUUCAAUCUUCCAUGGCAUGACCCCUUCUGCUUCUUCCUUCACUGUCCCGUUCCUCGAUUCCAUGGCUCUUUCCUCCACCCUCCGCUUCUCUUCUUCCCUCUUGCAGCACCACAUUCCUCACUCCCCCGCGCGAUUCGCCUUCCUCCGCCACCAUUUCCGUUCCCUCUCUGCAUUCCCCUCUGCCGGGACCCGCUUCCGCCCCCUCCAGGCGCGCCGCAGGGACGACGCCGAGGGCCAGAACGGGACCCUGCUGGUGAAGGAUUCCGAUGGUGGUGGCAGAGAUGGGCGCGUGGUUCCUACCGAGCUUCACAAAGAGGCCACCGAGGCCUACAUGUCCUAUGCCAUGUCGGUUUUGCUUGGAAGGGCUUUGCCAGAUGUGAGGGAUGGGUUGAAGCCCGUUCACCGGAGGAUAUUAUUUGCCAUGCAUGAACUGGGUCUCUCAUCUAAGAAGCCGUUUAAGAAGUGUGCUAGAGUUGUUGGUGAGGUGCUUGGUAAGUUUCACCCGCAUGGAGAUAGUGCUGUCUAUGAUGCAUUAGUGAGGAUGGCCCAGGAUUUUUCGUUAAGGUGUCCACUUAUCCAAGGCCAUGGGAAUUUCGGCUCCAUUGAUGCAGAUCCAGCUGCUGCUAUGCGUUAUACAGAAUGCAGGCUGCAAGCACUGACGGAGGCAGUUUUGCUGGCUGAUCUGGAACAAGAUACGGUUAAUUUUGUGCCCAAUUUUGAUAAUUCCCAAAAGGAACCGUCACUUUUUCCAGCUCGUCUUCCAACUCUGUUAUUGAAUGGUUCUUCUGGAAUUGCGGUUGGCAUGGCAACCAAUAUUCCUCCCCAUAACCUUGGAGAGCUGGUCGAUGUCCUAUGCACUUUAAUUCACAACCCAGAAGCCACUUUGCAAGAACUCUUGGAAUACAUGCCAGGGCCUGAUUUCCCUACUGGAGGUCUAAUUAUGGGAAAUCUAGGGUAUGAGGAAUUUUAAUUCUGACUUUGUGCUUUCAAGCAUUGACUCGAUUCAUUGCCCUUGUUUUUUCUUCUUCUUUUGCUGCUAGAGAGAUCCCCUAGAUUUUUUACCAUAGUAUGCAUGAGAUUUUAUUCCUAGUGUGGUAUUUUCCAAGCAUAGUGUAUCUUGUUUAAUAUCUUUGUGAAUGAGUAGGAGGUAAACAUUAUAGUUCCUUGGAUAUUUUAUCUUUAUUAUUGUGUCUGUCUGUUCUGUACCACACUAAACCAGAAAGUUAAGAGUUUGUUAACAUGCUUUAUACAUCGUCAUCUGUGUGCCAUGAGGCAUAGAGAGAAGCCAAGAAGGGUAAUUGAAAGAGAUCUUAUGCUUUUGUAGUUUUUUUUAUUAUAGCAUGAAUUUUGAUAACUACUGAUUUAUGAGUCCAGAAACUAAUCUUUCCUUUGACAUUUGAAUUUACAGAGUAUAGAUGGCGUAACUGAUAUCCGCGAUGAAAGUGAUCGUACUGCUGAAACGUGGAGCAGAACCAGCGCUUGUUUUGAACAAACUUUAUCGUCAAACUCAACUUCAAUCUAGUUUUAGCUGCAACAUGGUUGGGUCACACUUUUUGUAUGGAGGAGAGAGAGUAAUGAGUUUGAGCAUGUUUUAAUAGAUGGAAGAGCAUGUAUUCUGGAUGGACAACCUAAACUGAUGGGGCUGAAAGAAUUGCUUCAGGCAUUUUUAGAGUUUAGAUGCUCUGUUGUUGAGCGACGUGCGCGGUUCAAACUUUCACAGGCUCAGGAGAAGAGACACAUUGUUGAGGGUAUCGUGGUGGGCCUUGAUAAUUUGGAUAACAUUAUUCAAAUCAUUAAGGAGGCUUCCAGCAAUUCAGCUGCAUCUACUAGUCUAAUGAAUGAAUUUAAUAUCUCAAGUAAGCAAGCAGAAGCUAUAUUAGAUAUAAGUCUCCGAAGGCUCACCCAUCUGGAGAGAAGUAAAUACGUUGAUGAAAAGAAAUCUCUAACAGAACAAAUCUCAAAAUUAGAAGAACUACUAGCAAGCAAGGGGAAGAUGCUACAGCUGAUAGAACAAGAGGCUGUUGAGCUCAAGCACAAAUUUUCAAACCCAAGGCGCUCUAUGUUGGAAUAUUCGGAUGACGGUCAGCUUGAAGAUAUAGAUUCUAUUCCAAAUGAAGAAAUUCUAUUGGUUUGUGACAUUAUGAAUCCUUCAUUUUGUUGAUUUCUUAUGCUCUUUUGAAUGAACUCAUUUAAUACAUCAAUAAUAGAAGUACUUUUUUUUUUAUAGUAGAACUUGUACUUAGACAUAGUACAUGAUGUGUGUGUGUAUUGUUUUGAUUAGGUUCCAGCAGAAAUGACUUUUUUUUCUUAAGUAUCUUUGUUUGUGACUUUCAGGCUAUCAGCGAAAAGGGUUAUGUUAAGCGGAUGAAGCCCAACACCUUCAAUUUGCAGAAACGUGGAACCAUUGGCAAAUCUGUCGGAAAAUUGAGAGUCAAUGAUGCAAUGUCAGAUUUUGUGGUCUGUCGAUCACAUGACCACAUUCUUUAUUUUAGUGACAAGGGUAUUGUCUACUCAUCACGUGCUUACAAAAUUCCCGAAUGCACCAGGAGUGCUGCUGGUACUCCCCUGGUACAGAUAUUAUCAUUAUCAGAAGGUGAGAGAAUAACGUCCAUAAUUCCUGUGAGUGAAUUCACUGAGGAUCAGUAUCUACUGAUGCUCACAGUCAACGGGUACAUCAAGAAAGUAUCACUGAAUGUCUUCUCAGCUAUACGCUCAACUGGAAUAAUAGCCAUUCAAUUGGUUCCUGGUGAUGAGCUGAGGUGGGUCCGCUGUUGCACAAAUGAUGAUCUUGUUGCUAUGGCUUCACAGAAUGGAUAUGUCAUCCUAAGUUCCUGUGACAAAAUCCGGGCACUAAGCAGAAAUACUAGAGGGGGAGUGGCCAUGAGGCUAAAAGAAGGCGAUAAGAUGGCUAGUGUGGACAUCAUACCAGCUGCCAUGAGGGAAGACUUGGAGAGGGCGUCGGUAGAUCCAGCGAACAACAAGGGCAGUGGUCCGUGGUUGUUGUUCAUCUCUGAGAGUGGUCAUGGGAAGAGGGUUCCUCUGAGCAGCUUCAACAUACUUCCUCUGAAUAGAGUUGGUUUGAUUGGCUCUAAGUUUUCGGAGGAGGAGGGGCAUUUGGCAGCAGUCUUUGUGGUUGGUUUCUCACUAGCAGAGGAUGGUGAAAGUGUAGAAGAAGUAGUUCUAGUUAGUCAAAGUGGCACCGUCAAUCGAAUCAAAGUCCGCGACAUUUCAAUACAGUCACGCUAUGCAAGGGGAGUGAUUUUGAUGCGGCUAGAGUAUGCGGGAAAGAUUCAAUCAGCCUCAUUGAUGUCUGCGACGGAGGCUGAAGCAGACGAUGAAACAACAGGAACAACAAUAGAAGAUGAAGCAGCAGGGCCUGUUCUGAUGGCUUCCCAGUGAUCCUAAUUUGGAAAUGCGGUGACGAACUUGUACAGCGGCUCCUUUUGUAAGUUGAGUCAUGUGUACUUUUCCGGAUACACACUCUCUAGUGUAGUCAAUAACUAGUCAUUUUAAUGUUAUAUGUAUGGUGAUCUUACAAGUAGGAAUGAAGAUGGGCAGGUACGGGCGGGUAUCUUGAUAUUCAUACUCGUCCCGUAGCAGGUCGGGUCCAGGUCGGGUAAUUUAUCACAGAGCGCGGGUCGAGGCAAGUCGACUUAUUGGAAAUCUAAUUUAUGUGAAAAACAUUAGAAAUAUUUGUCAUUUUCAUUAAAAGACCAAGAAAGAAACUAUAAUAUCAUAAAAUAUAGUUAAAUUAUUUGAGAA